AUGGAGAUAGCUUUCACUGCACAUGAUAUUCUUGAGAGGAUAACCUCGAAACGAGUUUGUGAAAUGGCCUUGAGAUGGAAUUUACAAGGUCAUCUCGACGAAAUGCAGCUGCAUCUGAAGUCAGCAAUGCAAGAAAGCUUUCAUGAUCAGAACGGGGCGGUGGAGUUGCUAAGGAAUGCACUUUCCAAAGCUGAUAAGAUCUUUGAUGAACUUGAAGUUCACACUUUGCAAAGCCAAAUGCAGCCUCUUCGACGACUUGAAUUAUCGAAGGUGCGGAAUUUCUUCUGUAGCGUAGAAGUUCUUGCUUUUAGAGUUCAGAUAGGUUCAAGAAUCAGAAAUCUGAACAGUAGAUUAGUCGAACUACAAAUCCAUUGGAUGCCUAACUUGCAUCAGUUAGGACCUUCCGAUCAACGUGAGAGGAUUCUCAUGCACAGGCCAAAUCCAGUCGAACAUAUUGAUGUUUUCGGAAGGGAAAAUGAUAAAGAGAAAAUUGUGGAAGUCUUGCUGGGGUUGACAAAUGAAUCAGCUAUGUCUGUCAUGCCGGUUUUUGGAAUUGGUGGCAUUGGGAAGACUACUCUGGCAAAAAUGGUAUACAACGAUGCAAGGGUAAUGAGGCAAUUCCAGCUGCAGAUAUGGGUGAAUGCAUCUCGUGUAUCUGAUGCGAACAAGCUAGUUGAGAAAGCUAUCAAAUCUGCCUUAGGAAAUGAAGUCGAGGAUUUACGGAAUCUGAAUGAGGCAGAAUUGCAGAUGAUAUUUCACAAAGUUUUGCUCAAAAGGACUUAUCUGCUUGUAUUGGAUGACCUUUGGAUCGACGAAGGACAUUGGAAUGAGUUAAUGAGGUUCUUAGCUGGUGGACAUGGAAAUAUGAUACUUGUGACUACACGCAGUGAAUCCGUAGCUUCAAUAGCUGGCACAGUUCCGACGUACAAUUUAGGUGGCCUCUUGGAUGACGAUUGUCUAGCUUUAUUCAUGAGAAAGGCUUCGGCAGAAGGUGAAGAGAUUCAAAACAGUCCUAAUCUUUUGAGUAUCGGUGCUGAAAUCACAAAGAAAUGUGAAGGCGUUCCGUUAGAUGCAGUUGUCUUGGGGAGUUCUCUGUACAAAGAGACAUCGCAAUGUCAUUGGGAAUGGAUAAGGGAUCAUCGUAUCUGGGAUUCCGGUCAAAGCGCUAUCAGCACUUUGUCAGCUUUGAAAAUUAGCUACGAAAAGCUGCCGUGUUACUUAAAAGUCUGUCUAGCUUACAGCUCAGUUUUCCUCGAAUCUGACAUUCAGAUAGAUAAACUGAUUCAACUGUGGAUGGCACAAGGGAUAAUCCAUUCCUCGACUGGAUGCCACGAGCCUGAAGAAAUCGGCAUGCAGUAUUUCGAGGAGUUGAGGUCGAGAUCUUUUUUCCUGGAGAUGGAAGGAACUCACCCCUUGUUUAUCCCGGUCUGCAAAAUGCAUGACUUCGUACAUUAUAUCGCGGAGGCAGUAGUAGAUGGCGAAUGUUCAGCUAUAUUAUCUCAUUCCCAAAAUAUUCCUAAGUACGUCAGACACAUAGCGUUUUCUGAUUACAAUCUCUCAGGAAAGGAGCUCCCAAGAUCCCUGUCGGACCACAGUAUGCUGCGCACCAUCUUUUUUCCAGUCGAAGGAGUUGGUCCUACUAGCACCUCUUUUGUUGAAACUUGCAUAUCAAGAUUCAAACAUUUACGGUUACUUGAUCUGAGUGACUCAUGCUUUGAGGUAUUGCCAAACUCCAUAGAAGAAUUGAAGCACUUAAAGUAUCUUGACGUUAGUGCAAAUCGCUACAUGAGGUCGCUACCCAAUGCGAUAUGCAAAUUGCAGAACCUGCAAACGCUUCGAGUUGCUUAUUGUACAAAACUAGAAGUAUUACCUAGCUACGCAGAGAACAUGAUCAACUUGAGGCAUUUGUACAUGACUACCAGACAAGAGGUCUUCUCUGACAAUGUAAUUGGAUGCUUGGGCGCUCUUCGAUCUCUACACAUUUACAGCUGCAGGAAUCUCGUAUCUGUGUCUGAAGGACUGCAGCAUCUCACUAGCCUCAUGACAUUGGCUAUUGUCGAUUGUCCAAGGCUGACAUUUCUACCAAGCAGUAUGAAGUACCUUAUUGCUCUUAAAAGCCUAUACAUCAUCGAUUGUGAAGAGCUAACUUUGUUGGAGUGGCAGGAUAUCGAAGGUAUUAAAAUGCUUCGAUCUUUGGUCAUUGGGGGAUUACCGCAGCUAGAGUCCAAAGACGUUCAAUGCCUCAGGAGCCUUCAAUCCUUGGUUAUUUCUGGGUUGCCUCAUUUCGUUGCUUUGCCUCGGUGGCUAGAAGGUGCAGCCUGUACUUUACGACAUUUGAGGGUCGAAAGGUGUCCCAACUUCAUGGCUUUCCCUGAGUGGCUUGGAGACCUCACAGGACUCGAACAGAUUGAAGUUUUAGAAUGCCUUAAACUAUCUUUGUUGCCUGAAGGAAUACGCGGCCUGACUAACUUGAAAGUGCUGACUAUUGAUAGCUGCCCGAAAUUGAGUGAAGCAUGUCAAAGCAUGGAUAAAGCUAAGAUAAAUCAUAUCGCAAAGAUUAUUAUCGACAGAGUAUUCAUCAAAUGA